GAUCAUCCGGCAGGUUGAAGCCAGAAGCUUCCUGCCUUGAAUGACUGUCAGAAAUAAGAAGCUCCUCCUCCAUCAUCAGCACAAUGAGCAGCACUUCAGCAAAAAGGCUGCUGCAGUUCCUGUUUGCUGCAGAGUCUGUCUUUACUGUGCAGUUGGAGGGUCUAUUUUUGAAGAGGAUGUGGUGUCUGAGCUGUUUACCUCAGCCGGUGCCUCUCCACUCUGACUGGGAUGAUCUGGACACUGAUAACAGCUGCUGUGGAGGGUCGGAUGUGCAUGGCAGCACCGGACAAUAAAGCAGGUGGGCACACAAUGGAUCAGCACCUGCUUCCUCUGUAGACAAUUGAACGGCUUCCAUGCAGAAGUGGAAUAUCCCAGGACUUUUGGACUAGGAGGCAUUCAGCUCUCAGCUGGUCGUCCCGUCGGUGGAUGCAGGGAUGUCUGAGCAGAGCUCCUGCACCGAGGACCGGAUCCAGCAUCUCCUGGAGCGCUGCCUCUACCACCUGAAUCUCAACUCACCUGACAAGCAUCUCUGGACAGCUGGACUGUGCAUAAGCCGCUGGUGUUUGGAGGAACUGGUGAAGAGAGAUCCCCGCAACUUCCUUAUCCUUCUACAAGAAAUACUGAGGAAAACAGAGGAGGUCCUGGAGCAGAGUCAGUAUGAGCUGGUGGUUCCCCUCACUCUCCUGUUCUUCUCAGCUCUUCUUAGAAUUCCUCACAUGUCUCCAGAGUGUAAUAUGCUGCAGGAGGCUUACCAGCUCUUCCACAGGUUCCUGUCCUGGCCUGAGCCCUGCAGCUCCGCCUGCAAACGGCUGCUCAGCAUCAUCCAGCAGGAGCUCCGAGCACCAGGUAUUUCUUUCCAGCGGCUGCUCAGGACAGAGCAGGACAUUCCCCACGACGGCACCCGCUCCAAAUCCAUAAUGGUGCUGCUGGUGAACCCGGAUGAAGACAUCCCUCCAGAGGUCCUGCUGGCUUCUGAGCAGCUGAGCAAAGCCGGCAGCUCCACCAGAGACGUGUCCAUCACUCUGAUCCUGCACAGCUUUCAGGCUGUUCUUGGUGUGAAAUAUGAUCUCCGAGCUGUCCAUACUGCUCUGGAGGAAAAGUCGACUGAAGAGCUGCAGCAGCUUUUGGAGGCCAUAACUGACAGAAUGGAGACAGCUGCCUCUGCAGGAGAUCACAGGACGGCCAGAGACGGUCUGAUCCAGAGCAUGGAGAGGAUCGGGGGAAGCCUGGCUGCUCCGGCUGACAGAACAGAGCGUGAUUUGGAGACUUUCGGGCUGACCUCACCCAGAUGUCACAUGUGUUUGUGGGAGGACGACAGCUUUGAUUUUCUGAGGGGCAUUCUCUCCAGUGAUUACUACCCCGACUCUCCAGUGGAGAGCUUCCUCAAAGCCUCAGCAGCAGAUGAGGAAGACCACAUCGACACCAGCAUGGACGAGGAAGACGAGCUGGACUCAAACAGGGUGGAGGUCCAAAGCCAUCGCAUCUCCUCAGCGUCCUCAUCCUCCAGAGACUCCACGUUUUCCAGCCACUCUCUGUCGUCCAGCUGGUCGGUGCCAUCCGGCUCAUCCGGGGUGGAAAGUGACUUUAGUGAGGACCCAACACCGGAGGAGUCGGACCAAGGCAGCCAACCAGAACCUAGAAAGAAACCCAAGAAGAAGUCCAAGUCGCUUCUGGGAAUAGAACGCUUUGCCCUGCUGUUCAAGACUCCGCUCAGCCCCAGCACGACCCGGCGCGUGCAGAGCAUGGGCUUCUAUGACAUCAGCAAAGACUCUCAAAGGAGUGGGCUGCAGCUCAAAACCCACAAGUCCCUCAUGCGACAAACUCGUCCUACGCAUUCGCCCACACCCCCCACAGAACCGCUCAGCCCCCAGAGGAACCUCUGCAUCCGCAGAAGGCCCAUCCUGAGCUGCAGCGAGGACAGUCUGCCCGAAGUGCCCACCCUGGUCAAGGUGGUGGUGUUCGGUGGAGACCGAGAGGCGGGCCGGCUGGCCAGAGCCUACUGUGACUUACAGCAGAAAGAGAGCAAAUGUCCUCUGCUCACCAAGAUGUGCAAACUGCAGUUUUACUUUGUUCCUACCAAACGCAGAACUGACAGCAAACCAACCGGUUCUGUGGAGUCAGAUGUUCCUGCAGGGGAGGAAAGCUCAUCAGACAUUUCUCAGAUGUUGGGCGUGGUGGACCCCUGGUACGACCGCAACGUCUUCAGCCUGCUCAGCCUGUCGUCUGAAGUGCUCUGUCAGGUUGCUCCUAAAGAGGACGGUGUGUCCAGAAACAACCUGGAGCAUCUUGCCCUGCUGGCUGACCUGGUGCUCUAUUACUGCAGACAUGCAGAGGAGCCGGUCCUGAUGCAGCUCUUCCAGGCUGAGCUGACGCUGGCAGGAGGAGAGAGGAGACGGGAAGUUUUCAUUCAUUCUCUGGAGCUGGGACACACAGCCGGGACCCGAGCUGUGAAAUCCAUGGGAGCUGCCAGCAAAAGGUUUGGGAUCGAGGAGGAGCGGGAGGCUGUGCCUUUGGCACUCAGCGUCGCCUACAACAAAGUGGCUGUGAGUGGGAGGAGCCAAAGGAUCCACUCAGAAAUGGUGUGCACGUCCAUCAAUCUUUAUAAAACCUGCCAGGAGGCGGACCUACUUGAUUUAAAAGAUGGUCUGUACAUCACCGUGACGGAGGUUCUGAGGAGGCAAUGCUCCAAGUCUAGGAAGAGCCUCAACCAGCUCAUCUUAAGUUCAAAGGCAAAAGUGGACAACGUGCAGGUCAUCGCCGGAAAUGACGGAACCACCUUCACUGUUUGUUUGGAUCAGGACGAAAAGAAGUUUAUCCAAGGGGUCACCAGGUGCGAGGUGUCCCUGUGCUGCAAACCUGGAGCCGGGUCAGACUGGACCUCCUACAAGCCGUUACCAGGCCAGGUACGGCCUGUGGAUCCCACCUACUGCUCUCUGCUCUGCCUUCCCAUCACCUGCUUCUCUGCCUCGUGUCUGUGACGGACACCCACUGGAUUCCAAUGAGCUGAUAAAUGAAGCAGCAGUGGAGGAACUUGGAGGUUUUAUUUAUUUUAGGCUUUGUUUGCAAAUAUAGGACACUGUGACACUGAUCAGAAGGAUGUUCUGGUCACUGGAAAUCUCAUUUUGAUCACGGUGGCUUAUUCCUCUUGCAAAAGUCAGAGGAAAACAACAAAUGUCACUAAUCUGCUUUGGCAGGAAACUUCUGCUUUUAGGUGCAAACAUGUUCUGUUGUUUACAUUUUGAUAAUCAAGUAGAAGGUGAAGCAUUUGUUCAAAAGUAGUUUUUUAGGUUAAAAUAAAAAGGCUUUUUUGUAAUAUGGAUAAAAUAAAAUGAUUCUUUGCUUCUGUAUUUUUCUUUGGGGUUUUUCUACUUUGUUAUUUCCUUCAGCAGGAGCUGUUAGUCACAGUUUAAAUAAAACUCAGCUAUUUUUUCCUGCACUUCCUGUUUCAAGCUUAACCAGUGAAGAAGGAAACAGCUUAGAGGGUAAAAAAACACAUUUAUGUCCACAAUCAUGCAUGCUUUGUGUUCACAGCUAAAUUGCAAAAAAUGAUUGAUUUUUUGGGAAAAAAUAUGGAAAAAAUUACAUUAAUUCGAGUUUAAUAGAAGGCUAAAACAACUUCAAUUACAUAGUAAUAAAUAUUUUCCUAGAAAAAUGCUAUAAAAGCUCUAAAGUCAAACAGUUUGUUUGAUGGCGAAUAUUGUUUGGAGUUAGAGUUUAUCAUUUUCAGUUCACCUUUGUGUGUCCUCAGUGGAUUGAUCACUCACUAUAUAAAUUCCCCUUGUGUGUCUGUCAGAUUAGGUCAGUUUCAGUCAGGUCAGUUCUGUUCAUGCUACUUUGAUAACUUAUGUUGCAUUUUCCUGAGUUCCUGGUCCACCACAAACUUAAUAAAUAAAUAAAGUGCAACUUGUUACAAAACAUUUCUAAGAGCACAAAAUUGGACAGAGGAUUGGUAUAGAAUUGAAAAAAGCAGAGAUACUCCCCAAGUAGAAAUUCUUAUUUUUAAAUCUUAUGUUCAAUUUUAAAAAUUGUUCUGACAUAUCUUUCCUUUCCUGUACACAGCUGUGAUUUUGUGUACAGAAAACAGCUAUUAGGUGGUUACAAGUAUUGUUUUGUCUUUUUAAGCCUAAUGUAAUGCCUAAUAAAUGUAAGUUAUGCUCUUCUAACUCUUACGUUAUUCUUCAAACCUCAGCCGAUCCUGUUAAAUUUUCCAAAGGUUUUGGGUUUGGUUUUAAUUUGAUUUUCUGGCACGUUUUAAUUUAUUUUAUUUCAUUUUUAUUUAAUUGUGAAAUACAUGUGUUUCUCAUUGAGAAUGUGUUAAAUUAUAGCAACAGAAUAUGACAAAAUGUAAAGAAUUUAUAUGAACUCUUUGGAUCCCAAUAUUCUCAACUUCUGAUAAGUUUUAGGUGGUUGGAAAAUAAAGAGAAAUCAGUUUGGAUUCCCUAGCCUAAUAUUUCAAUAAUCUAUAUGUACUGAAAUAUAUUUCCACUGAAAAACCCUGGUCCCUAAGGAGGCUGGCUAAAACGUAACUCUGAGAAAAAAAGUUAAACGCAAAGCCAAAGAUGGGGUGAGUGGAAGAUGAGCCACUACGCAGCUAAAAACGUUUGUUCACAAAAAAAAAAAAUUGAAAGCCAAAAUACAAAUUUUUUGAAAGCAAAAAAAUAAAAAAAUUAAUAAAAAAAAA